GGGGGGGCAGUGGCUGUGUCACCCCCGUCUCGCUCGCUCCGCAUUUCAAGUUCGCACACGCACGGUCCGCGCUCACUCCGGCUCCUGACGCGGACGCGCAGUCACGGGACGUGGUGGUGGUGGUUGGUGGUGGCGUAGUAAUGCACGAGGUAGGUUAUAAAGCCGCUUAACAUGCGACUCGAACGCACGACUCUCCGAGAGCGACUCCGCAUUCCGUAGCGGCUUCCCUGCGUCGCGACCGUAAAUUGGCUGGGGUGCCCCCGCUGCAUCGGCUUGGGCGCAUAAAUCACACCGCGCUGCCGAGAGCUACAUUUUUACGCAAUUCUCUCGCCGGCGUCUCAGCCAUGAGGGCGCUGCCACGUCUCUCUCGCGGGCAAGCGCUCCUCCUCGCCCUAAUCUACUUCGAGCCCCUCUUGAUCCACCCUCUCGGCGCCGGUCCGCUCUCCCCGGGGCCGCGGACCCUCGGCGCUCCGGACAUCGCUCGGCUCGCAGCCGCCGCGGGUCUCGGCUCGCGAGGCGGCGCGGCGCCUAGCCCAGCCUCCCUGCAGGAGACGACGUCGCCCGGCGCCUACGAGGGCGAGCACGACCGCCGGGCGCAGCGGGGUUGCGAGGACGCGACGGGGCGCGUUUUCCGCCUCGGGGAGCGCUUCUUCCCAGGGCACGCCUCGUGCCCGUGCGUGUGCGCCGAGGACGGGCCCGUGUGCGCGCCGCCCGAGUGCCCGCGCCUGCACCCCAAGUGCGUGCGCGUCGAGUCGGACGGCUGCUGCCAGCAGUGCAAGCAGGUUCGCAGCGGCUGCGACUUCAAGGGUGCCAAGUACGGGUCGCUGCAGGAGUUCAAGCUGUCCCCAUGCGAGCGGUGCCGCUGCGAGGCGGACGGGGAGGUGACGUGCGUGGUCUCGGACUGCCCGCUGCCCGAGUGCGUGGACCCCGUCUACGAGCCCAAGCAGUGCUGUCCCGUCUGUAAACACGGACCAAACUGCCUGGCCGGCUCGAACGUCAUCCCCGCGGGUCGAGAGGUCAAAGUGGACGAAUGCACCACCUGCAACUGCAACUUCGACGGCGACUGGUACAAGACGGACCGCCAGGCCACCUGCAUCCAUGACUGCUGACGAGCGGUGGUGGGUGGUUCGGCGGUGGGCGCCAGGGGUGGUCAUCAUUUCCUCCCGUGUGGAUGGACUCUACGUCCGUCCCAGAGCCGUGGCUAGACAUUCCGGCAGCUGCUGGCGCCAGCACCGCCACAGCCGCAAAAAAAAAAUUGUUGAGCCACCAAGCCGCCGCUGCUCGCUUCGUUCUCCUACGAUUCGGCUACGCAUACGUGCGGCGCCAGCCCCCAGCACGCCCCACUCCAGAAGGCCACCCCACCCGUCUCCCUCCCCCCAAAAAGCCACCCUUUCCCCUCCCUUCCUGCUGCAGCACUGCGUCCAUGCUUCAUCCAUCCCCGCCCCUCCACUCUCCGCUCAUCCGUGAUGGCAGGAGGCCAACGCAAAAGCGUCACGCGGAGACACAUCCCUGCCGUGAAAAAGAGCUUCAUAGCUCAUCGUAAUUCCUCCAGUCUAGAUACAGAUUCUGAUUUUGACAUUCGGGUGAGUGCGAUAGAGAGACAGGGGAAUGCAUAAGCAGCAUUCCACGCAUAUGUUGAUUAUUUGUUAGACAUUCUAUUGCAGUGUUGUGGAGCUGACAACUCAAGCUAUAACAUCAGCAUAACGUGUAAGCGACCAAUACACUUUUAUUUGAUUUGAUAUGGUUUCUGUAACCCUGGCUUGAUGAGUCAGAGCGGCCGCUUGACUUGCAACACUGGCUGGCAUGUUCGUAAAAGCGACAGGGCGAGGAGGUGAUCUUUCCCAUUAGAAUCACAAGAAGACAGUGUCAUCCGUAUCGUCUACGUGUCCUGUUUCAUCAGGGCUUCAUUUCUCACUCGAUAUUUUCCGGAACGCAGCUAGGCUGCCUUGGAGCAGGAAUCAUCAGCAUAAGGUACUAACUACCACUAGAUUUCAAGGUGCAACUAUCCAUAGAAAUGCUAUGUUAUUGAACCUCUCAUUCCUAUAAUUGUAUGAGGACAUGAUAAGUAUCAUGAGAACAAAAUAAGGUAACAUGGAUGUGGCGUGCCAACAUAAUUCACUGAACAGCGUUCUGGACUAUCGUCCACUCCAUCACAAUUUCAUGAAUUGUGACUAUGUAUUUAGAAUUCAGAUAUCUAAUUAUUUAAGUUGUCAGUUACUGUAACGAUUAUGGCUUUGAUCACUCGACUAAUCUGAUAACAAAACAAUAUAGUUAGUUGGGAAAAAUCAUUACCGCUGUUCGCAUGUGUGCCGCUGGACGGGAGGUAAUAUUCUGGCCUUGGUGACGCCAUUGGCAUCAUCGGCCACGUUGUCACACUGGGCGUGGCUUUCUGGGGAGAUUAUUGUCCAAGUACAAUAAUCAAUUAGCAAGAGUGUUCGAUAAUAAUAUGUCGUUUGAUUAACCGACUAAUCGCCCCACCUCGAAAUAAUUCAAUAACCAGCUAUUUUGUAAUGUCGUGGUGCAUGUAGCAGGCACUAGUGGCUGGAGGGUCCUCACGCGAACCCAGUAAACACAAAAU